AUGGCAGCAGUGCUUCGAUUCAACAUGCGGUGGAUCCUGGCAUUGGUUGUUGCCUGCCUUUUGCUUUCCAGUAUGAUAUUUGUACGAUUGCGACCAGCGCCGCCAACGCCUCCGCUUCCUGUACGAGAUGUCCCUUCAUAUUGGCCACCACCUGUAGAGAAUGCCGUGUGUCGACCCAAAAUCUACGUGUAUGAAGCGCCGUCUACUUUCCAAGUGCCCAAAUCAGUGCAACAGGGACGCUGCCACGAGUCCAACUACAAUUCAGAAAUCAUAUUGCACGAUCAGCUCACUGAUCCCAACAGUGUGUUCCAUCAGCUUUAUGUAACCAAGAAUCCAGAGGAAGCCGAUUUCUUCUUUAUACCCUUCUUUGGUGCAUGCUACUUGUAUCAUUGCUGGUCUCAAACCAAUUGGCGAUGGGAUGAACGUUGCGAGGUUGACAGCCGAUACGUUGAUCCAAUGAUGGAUAUGGUCAUCAAUCAAUAUCCUUAUUGGAACGCUACAGGUGGUCGUACACACAUCAUGACCAUGCCCAUGGAUCAAACCUUCACCUACUAUCAAUCAAACGAGCGAUUUCAGCCUGCCAUCUUCCUCAAGACCGUGGGUGAUAAACGAUCAAAGUGGAUGUAUCGACACAGGUACCAUCAUGACAUUGUCAUCCCUUCUGCUACUCGUAUCGUCCAUCAUCUCGGCAUCGAUCCACUCAGGUAUCUCAAUGAUGAAGGUCAACCCAAGGUCGGCAAACGUGAUAUCUUUGUUCUCUUCCAUGGAUGCUGUGACAGCGUACAAGUCGAUGAUGAAUACUCAAAUGGUAUCCGCUCACUCUUUUUCAACUACUUUUCACAUUACCCUGGAUACGAGAUUGGUCAAGGCCUCGCAGAUGUUGAAUACGCUGAAAAGUUAUCGCGUGCAAAGUAUGGUUUGGCUCCCAUGGGAUGGACAUUGGAUACUACUCGGAUAUGGGAAUUCAUGGCCUAUGGCGUUGUACCAGUUGUCAUUGCUGAUGGUAUCAUUGAGCCAUUCGAGUUUGACGUUGAUUGGGAUUCUUUCAUUGUACGUGUAAGGCGCGACGAGGUACAUCGACUGGAUGAGAUUUUACGCGGCAUUGAUGAUGCGACAUACGAGUACAAGCGACGAAGACUGUGGGAACAUGGACGGCGAGUAGGUCUCGAGAAAGAUGCAUGGCACUAUAUCGUACGAGAACUAUGUCGCAUGGAGCACAUUGAUAAGCCAGAGAAUUUAGGUUUAGGAUAUUGA